CGGAGGCCUGCGCUAUCCCAGGGUGCUGUUCGCGGCGUGGGCGCCGCCGUCCCGCUGAGGGGGAGACAGUCUGCGCGGCUGCCUCGCCAACGAGACGCGCUGCGGGCUGCCGCCAAACGGACAUGUUAGCGCCGAGGCCCUGAAGGCGGGAGGCCGACGAGAACCACGUCCCGCCGCUUCCUUCGGGGCUCCUCCGCGCGCGGUAGCAAGAGGCCGCCGAGCCACAGCCAUGGAGGCUGUGAACGCCUUCAACCAAGAGCUCUUCUCAUUGAUGGAGAUGAAACCUCCUAUUUCUCGUGCAAAGAUGAUUCUUAUUACUAAAGCUGCCAUCAAAGCUAUUAAGCUUUACAAACACGUAGUCCAGAUUGUAGAGAAGUUUAUAAAAAAGUGUAAACCAGAAUACAAAGUUCCUGGAUUGUAUGUUAUUGACUCUAUUGUUCGUCAGUCUCGUCAUCAAUUUGGAACAGAUAAGGAUGUUUUUGGGCCAAGAUUCUGUAAAAAUAUAACAGCCACAUUCCAGUAUUUAUAUCUCUGUCCAACAGAAGACAAGAGUAAGAUAGUUCGUGUCCUCAACUUAUGGCAGAAAAAUGGAGUGUUUAAAAUAGAAAUAAUUCAACCUCUCCUCGACAUGGCAGCAGGAGCUAGCAGUACUGCUUCAAUGACUGAAGAUACUACUAAUAAUGAAGGUUCACCACCUCCUGCCACAGUGAUUCCAUCUGAGCCUCUUCAAGUUGCUUCCAAUUCAGUACCUGCUGUGCCGCAGUUGCCCAGUUCUGAUGCCUUUGCAGCUGUAGCCCAGUUAUUUCAGACAACACAAGGACAACAGCUCCAACAGAUUCUGCAGACUUUUCAGCAGCCUCCGAAACCUCAAUCUCCUGUGAUAGAUAACAAUGUAAUGGCUCAGGUCCAUGCUAUUACUGCCCAGCUGCAGACUACAGCAACACAACCAUCCGAACAAAAACAUGAUUUCUCAGCACCUGAGCAAAAGACAUCUUUUGAUAAGAAGCUGUUGGAUCGAUUUGACUAUGAUGAUGAACCAGAAGCAGUAGAAGACACCAAGAAAGAGGAACCAACAGCUCCUGCAAUCUCUCAACCAACAUUUGGUUUUCCGGGUGAAGGUAUGCAGCAACAAGUUUAUGCCCAGCUCCCAAAUAUAGACCAGUAUCAGCAACGAGUGCUUGGAAUGCAACAGGAACCUAUGCUUCACCAGGUCCCACUUCCUCCAAAUGGACAAAUGCCAAGUUAUGGACUUCUACCUGCAUCACAGUUUCCUCCCAUGGCUCAGCCUGGGAUGCAACCCUCACCCCAGGUGCAACAACCUUUCCAGCCUUCUUUUCCAGCACAAAAUGAACCACAUACACAGAAACAUACACAUCAGCAGGUAAAUAACUUGCUAUCUUUCCCCCCAGCCCUAAUGCCAAAUGUUGCACCCAGGAAGAAAUCUCAGGACUGUUCACAAGAGUUCCAUAGUGUAUGCUUUGGUCACUGUUUCUUACCCUAUUUUAAUUUAUCUGGAUGUGUUUGUCACAUUAGAUUUCCAGUACAGGUUAGACUCCUUUAGAGUACUGAGUUUUAG